CCAUUGAGAUGCAAGGAUAGUAGGAGUGUGCCGCCAUUGCCGCUAUGCCUGAGUCCUGUGUUGCCACCGGUCCUCGGGGACUGUCAGUUGUUUAGACCGCCGGCCCCUCAGGGCGGACACCGGGAUGCAUGAGAAGCAGGAAAUGGAGUCAGUGACCUUUGAGGAUGUGGCUGUGAACUUCACCCUAGGAGAGUGGGCUUUGUUGGAUUCUUGUCAAAAGGAGCUCUACAGAGAUGUAAUGAAGGAAACAUUUAGGAACCUGAUUUCCAUAGGGAAAACAGAGGAAGAAGAAAAUAUUGAAAAGGACUACCAAAUUCUUGGAAGAAAUCUGAGCCCACAGGUGGUUGAGAGAUUCUAUGAAUAUGAACUUGGUAGUCAGUGUGGAGAAACCCACCAACAGAUUUCAGAGCAUAUUCUUAAUGAAGACAUUCCUCCUGGAAUAGAGCUAUAUAAAAGCAAUGUGUCUGAAAGAGACAUCAUUAGUCAUUCACAGUCAGAUAUUCACUUCAGAGGUCAAACUGGAGAGAAACUAUUUGAGUAUCAGGAACAUGUGGAAAAGCCUUUUAAACAUAAUAAAUGUUGGAAAGAUUUUACAUAUUCUAAGUACUUUGUGACCCACAAGAGCCCUUUUUCUAGAGAGAAACCCCAUGAAAGUAAACAAUCUGAUGCAUCCUCUAGUCUCACUUCUGAUCAGGAUUAUGAGACAACUUACACUGGAGAUAAUCUCCCUGAAUGUAAGCAAUUUGAGACCGCCCUCAUGACUUGCAGUUAUGUUCAAACAUAUGAAAGAAUCCACACUGGAGAGAAACAGUUUGUUUGUAAGAAAUGUGGAGAAGCCUUCGUCAAUUCCAGUCACCUUACCAAACAUCAGAGAAUUCAUACUAGAGAGAAAACUUUUGCAUGUAAUUAUUGUGGUAAAGCUUUCAUCCAUCCAAGGGCCUGUUAUAAUCAUGAAAAAACUCACACCGGAGACAGACCUUAUGUAUGUAAACAAUGUGGGAAAGCAUGCAUUCAUUCUUAUCACCUUCUCCAGCAUGAAAGAAGUCACACUCGAGAAAAGCUUUAUGCAUGCAAGCAAUGUGGGAAAGUAUUUGGACGUUCCUCAUAUCUUCGCAAACAUGAAAGAAUUCACACUGGAGAGAAACCUUACUUAUGUAAGCAUUGUGGCAAAGCGUUCAGCGAUCCCACAACCCGUAACAAUCAUGAAAGAACUCAUACUGGAGAGAAACAUUAUGUUUGUAAGCAGUGUGGCAAAGCAUUCAUUCGUUCCUCUCAGCUUCUCAUCCAUGAAAGAAUUCACACUGGAGAGAAACCUUAUGCAUGUAAACAUUGUGGUAAAGCCUUCACUUAUUCCAGUGCCUGUUACAUUCAUGAAAGAAUUCACACUGGAGAGAAACCUUAUGUUUGUAAGCAAUGUGGCAAAGCCUUUACAUGCUCCACAUACCUUCACAAACAUGAAAGAAUUCACACUGGAGAGAAACCUUAUGCAUGUAAGCAGUGUGGGAAAGCCUUCAUCCAACAUAGGGCUUGUUACAACCAUGAAAGAAUUCACACUGGAGAGAAACCAUAUGUAUGUGUGCAGUGUGGGCAUGCAUUUACUUUUUCAAAAUCCCUUCAAAUACAUGAAAGAAAUCACACUGGAGAGAAACCUUAUAUAUGUAAGCAAUGUGGGAAAGCCUUCUCAUGUUCCACAUACCUUCACCAACAUGAAAGAACUCACAGUGAAAAGAAACCCAGUGGGUAGAACUUACACCAGUAUAAACCAUCUUGGAGUCCCUAUAGUUAACUUGCUUUUAUUGCAAGGUAUGAAAGAAGUGUGGAGAGAAACCAGAAUGUGAGACUUGUGGAAGUAUAAUUCUGGCUCAUGUGUGCAAGUGUAUGUACGUAGGACAAAACCCAUUGUUGACCAUUUUUGGUGCUGCAUGUUUUUUAUUCCAAAACUAGAGAGGUAGAGGCUGGAAAAUAACAUUGAUUAAGUCCUAGGCUAUGUAGUGGGUUUGAACACAGCUUAGGAGAUUUAAGAAGAACCAGCUCCAACCAAAUGAAAUAUUCAUUGUGAAAAAUAGAAGAAAGUGGUUUUUUCAAAUAUGGUGAAAGUCAUCAAAUAUACUCAUGCAGUCAAAUCUUGUAAAAGCAAGAAAUGUGAAGACUUUGAAGCAAAUUUUGUGUAGAAUAUACCUGAAAAUAACCUUAAAUACACUAAAUAAAAGUUAAAAUAUUUUUAUUAUUUUUCUGUUCUUACACAAGACCUUUUGGCUUUGCAUUACUUUUUUUACCUUUUAAAUGUAUGAUUUGGCAUAUAGUUUUGGCAUGAUUUUUGCCUGCCUGUUGUCCCUGAUGUCUGGAAAGCUGAGGCAGGAGAAUACCUUGAGACUACAGUUGAAGACCACCUGGACACUAUUUCAAGGAACAACAGCAGUUAACACUAUAAAGAAUCUACUUGAAUUUUGGUGGUAUAAGUUGAUAAGUUUGGUAAAUCAAUGCAAUUUCAGUUUAGUGGGCAUAAAGUUUUUAAAACUUUAGAGCAAUGCUGUUUUUUCAUUGAAUUUAAAUGCAUUUGUAAUCAUCCAGUCUGCUUAAUUUGAAGUAGUUUUUUAGUACUUGUAUGUCAUGUGAAGUUGAAAAUGUAUGCUUGUUAAUUGUUAGUAUUUUCUGGCACGUUUCUUAAUAUUGUUAAUAUUAAUUGCUUGUCAGUUUCUUUAUAUUUAGGUGCAUACUCAGUUUUUCUCAGUGUAACGUUUCUUAUGUAGAUUUUUUAUUGGGUAAUUUUCAGUGUACAUUUUCUUCAAAUAAGUUUUUAGUAUUUCUCUGUGUAUCUGUUUUGUGUGUUGUAUGUGGGUGUGGGUAGUGUACAGCACAGGUGUGUAGGUCAGAGGACAACGUUCAGGAGUUGGUUCUCUGUUAGGCUUGUGCUGAACACAUUUUUACUCACUGAGCCUUGCCACCAGACCCAAAUAAGAUUUUUGUACAUUUUUUAAACAAUCUUAACUGUUUUCUAAUAAGCAUAUUAAAAAUGUUAACUUUCCUGUUUACUCUGAAGAUACUUUCAAAUAUUUUAUUCAGUGUAGUUUAAAACUGUACUUUUUCUCUAACUUAAAACUUAAUGUUCAUCAAUUUGAAGUUGCUUUUUAUCAUGUAAAAGUUACUUUCAUGUUUAUAUUGUUCAAUUGUUAAUAUAAAUUUUCCAUUGCUCAUUGCUGAUAUGAGUGGUUCUCUGGCCAGAGAUAAACAAGACCAUAUCAUUUAUCCCAAUAGGAUGUAAUGAAUUCUAGUAAAUCUUUUCAAAUAGGAUAAUGAUGCUAUAAUUCCUCAGUAGAAACAAUUUCCAUCCAAUUUCUAACAUGAUACUUGUUUUAAGUGAACUGGUUACAAUUCAAUAUAGUAUGUUGUUCUUAUUAGUUGGAAGCAGUUUGGGGUUGAAUAUAGUUCUGCCUUUUGUAAUCAUAAUAUAGUUCUCACCUGGACAGCUGUAGUAAGUAGUGCAUGACUACAAGUUAAUCACAUUUUAAAGAAGAUGGCAAUUUUCCUCAGUUUCAUCAUUCAGAUUGUUUGGAUUUUGAGGCAUGUAACCAGGACAUUAUUAUUUCAAUUUAUUCUAAUCUCUGAGAAUUUCCUAGUUUUGCUGGUAUGCUUCUCAUAAAGACAUGGCUUUUCUAUGACUUCAACUCUAAUUAUAUGGACUUUUACCUACAGUCUCCUUAAAAUGGUAAGUGGAAAAUAUUAAACAAGGUAGAUAUUUAAUGCAUCCAAACUAAUGAACAUUAACCCUUAGCCUAUACUAUGUCACAGUGUUUCUGCCACUUACAUUAAUGUAAAGUUAGUUAAAAACAUCUAGCCAUGUGUAUUUCAGAAUAAAUGAUUCAUUGGGUGUAAUGAGCUGUGCAGUAUCAGUUUUUUGUAUGUGAACACAUGGUCAUCUGCACAGCAUCACUACUGCUGCCCAUUAUCAUCAGAAAAUGCAGUUCAGCGUAUUGCUACCCGGCAUGAGAUUAAGCUUUAAAGGCAAAUGCCAUUUUUCUUUGCUGUUUGGCUUUCCCACUGUCUUCAUGUUAAAAAAUGCAUAUAUCAUAACUUAGCUAUCUUAUGUCAAUGAAAAAACAUAAAUCCACUCAAUUAGGUAGCUUACAACCUCUUCAUCUCUUUUAUGUAUAAAAGCAGAAGUGUGUUUAUAUAAGCCUAGUUCAAGCCUAGCAGUGAACAGAGAUAGCAUUACUCUUUCAAACAAGUGUGUAUUUCUCAGAACACACGUAUUAGAUUAUACUUUUCAAAUAUGCUUCACAUUCCUGCAUGGUAGAUGAAGAAAUUUUAUGAUUAAGCAUGUAAAAUGGAGGCAUUCUUUGCUCUGUAACUGGAGAAAACUACUUGUUUAGUGCUGGUGUUGAUAAUUUGGUAAGAAAAGUGAGGUGCUGAGCAAACAUUGAACAAAUAUUUAUGAGAUGGAAAUAAAGCUAGUGUUGUGCAUCACUUUUUCAGCACACUUGGCUUGGCUUUGAUUCCUGCCAGACCAACAAGAACAAAAAGCAAAGAUCAAAAUAAAGGUUAUUAAUGAAAUAAAGCGUUGCAGAUAUGAUUUCCUCAGUGCAAACAUAUACUUUAGUUGUCUUUCACUAAAUAACGUCCCUUUUCAUUUAUGAUAGCA